GAAGGAGGAACCGGCUUUCUCGGCGGCAGCCCGCAAAAAUUUCAACGGGCUUGAACAAGCGACGGCGGUUCCAGACACUCACAGAGCCGGCAACCGACGCUCUGCGCGGAAAGGAGGACGGCCACGGCGGCGUCGUUAGAGAGUUGCUUUGGCGCCUUUUAGCCCGGCUGGGAUAGCGCCGCAGGGCUCCUGUCAAAGGAGCACAGUCGCCGCUGCCCCUCUCGCUACAGAAGUCGGCUGCCAAAGGAGGCAACGGGGACGCGGCAAAAGCUGAAGCUGCCGCUGCCGCGCCGAAGCGACCCGCGCGCCGAAGGAUGCGGCGACCGCUUGGGUGUGAUAAUGUGCACAGGCUGCCCGGCUCUCACUCGGGCUCAGCCAGUCCGCCCCAACCCCGACCUUGCGCCUGCUGGGUCUGCCGCGCGCCCGCCGCGCCGGGAUGGGAGCGCCGAGUCUCACCGCAUCCCCCGGAGGAGUUUGGCAGCUGAUCUGCCGGCGCUGGUUAAUUGCCUGGCUACCGCGACUUGAUUAACCCCCUCACUCCUAUUGCUGGCUGCCAGAGGGCUGCUGGUUGGGGUCGAAGAACGAACUCAAACCUCAGCUGGCCAAGAGCGAAGCCCCAGCCUUCAAAAUCAUGAAUGGAACCCGCGGCUUCAAAAGAAGCCUGCCCUGGGUCUCGGGUGUCUCCGCUGGACAGAACGGUGAUGAAGCUGGGGAACCCGGAGAUCGCCAGGCAGUUGCUGCUGCGAGGCGCCGACCCGGAUCUGAAAGACCGCACCGGCUUCGCUGUCCUGCACGACGCGGCCCGCGCCGGCUUCCUCGACACGCUGCAGACUUUGCUGGAGUUUCAAGCGGACGUGAACGUGGAGGACAACGAGGGCAACCUUCCGCUGCACUUGGCCGCCCAAGAGGGCCACCUGCCCGUCGUGGCCUUCCUCCUGGAGCGCACGGCUAGCCGGGUGGAGCAUCGUAACAAGAAGGGAGCCACCGCCUAUGAUCUGGCGAAGCUCUACAAGAGACAGGCCGUUGCCAAACUGCUGGAGAACAGCAGGCGGAGGGAGGGCGCCCUCAGUGGGGACUGAAGCCCAUCCCUUGCCCCGGACUCCAAAGUGCCUGCUUGUUCACCUGUCGCCUUUCCUUUCCUUUCCUCUCUUUCUUCAUCUUAAUCAAAAUAUACAAAUAGGUGGGGUCCGUCUUUUUCAAAUGCAGACAUGGGGGUGAUAUUUUUCCCCUCUGGGGGAAAAACUCACACCAGUAGCAGCUUUUCACAAAAGUGAGCAAGAAGCCGGGUGGGUGCUCGCUUUUCUUUUAUGAAUGCUUUUUCUUUUUUUAACUUGGUUUGCUCUUGCUGCUCACCCCAUCCUUCAUUUAAGGGAGGAUGGGGAAAAAACUGUUGAAGACCUGUUUUUGUGCUUUCUGAUAACUUUCUUUUUAAAGAUCUGUAAAGGCUUACUGUGAUUUCCCAUCCCUGAAUAUCAUCUAGCCUAACAAAGGUUAACAUAAUAUGAAACAGUGCAUGAAGGAGUGUAUAUGUGAAAGACCUUUUGUGCCAGAAGGGGAAGAGGGGGAGGAAAAGAGAGACUUUUGGACAUUUGAAUCGCAAACUUUUGAUGAGAUGGAUAUGCUAACAAAAUGUCUGUGGAACGUUCACUAAAAGUGCUUUCAUUGUUA